GCUCAGCGGAGGUUAACAGUUAUAUUUCACAUGAGCAUGACUUGUCAGAUAUGGGGCAAAUAAACAGGGGUGGGCUGUGGUAAGAGGAACAGGAAGAGAGGAGUCAAGAGAGAGAGAGAGAGAGACAGAAAGUAGACAGGCAGUCAGUCAGUCAGACAGACAGACAGUCAGACAGAGAGAGAGAGAGCUUGUCACACCCGUGUGUGUGUGUGAAAAACCUUCACAGCAGGUUUGUUUUUCUUCUCAAAAAAGAUAUUGGCAAGUGUCACACUAACAAUGCUGUGCUGUGGUGACUCCAGGAGAUGAUGUUUUGAAGGGAAAGAUCAAGGGUUUGACGGGGAGAUUACUGGACUGCACAGACAUCAAAGUUGAAAUGACUGAAGAGGGGCCAUUGGAUGUUCUCGUCAUCACUGAGGAGGGAGACGCUGAAAGCGGGGCGACAGGCAGUUUGGUUGUGACUACACAGAGCUUCACCGGAGAGUCUCCUCAGAAAGAGGAAGAGGAGAAGAAUGAAGAUUUAGUCAGUAAAAUAUGUUUGAAUGAGCAGAGCACGGAAAAGCAACACAGCGACACGGAGCGUGGCCAGAUGGGAAAGUUAAAUGAGAAUAAUGAUAAACCAGGUGGAACCGAGAACACUGAUGAUGGACAGAACAGAGAGGGGCUGACAGAUGAAAUGAGGAUUAAUGAAAAAUCUGAGGAAGCCUGCGACACAAACGAUGAAAAGGUCACUCAAAAUGACCCACAACUGGACAUAAAGAUGUUGAAAAUAUCAGAGCCACACGAGGAGGAUCCAAAAAAGACUCACCGCUUAACCCCUGACUUCCCAGACGCUCUGUACGAGCUGCUCUGCACCCUCCAGGAGGGACGACGGCUCAACGACCAGCGCUGCUCCUUCAGGCUGGAGAGUGGCGUCCAGAGGCGGAGGUGCCACUCGGAGCCCAACACAAACAAACCGGCCAGAAGAGUCAUCUUCUCCUCCCUGACUUCGCUGCAAAAAGAGGAGUUUUUCGAGCUGGUGGCCACGGCACAAGCCCGCCGGCUCGACGACCAGAGGGCGCUGCUCGAAAGGUCCCCGCCACCCAAACCGAGGUUCAGAAGCUUCAGAGGCAGCAUCAAGCAGCUCUCCCUUGUGAGAAAGCCCGCACCAGUUCCUCCUGUACCGAAAGAGGAUCUGUAUAAUAUGAUUCUCACGACACAGGCUCAGGGAAGACUGGAGGACCAGCGCAGCAGAGCUCCAGGUCCCAUGGACGACGAGGACUUCUUCUCCCUGCUCCUGAAGGUCCAGGGCGGACGCAUGGAAGAGCAGAGGACUGAACUCCCAUGCAUGCUGCAAACCUGAGAUGCAAAGAAUGGACUGUAUAGGGCUCACGUGGAGGCCAUUGCAGUAUUUUUUUAAUCUCUUUAGCCCAGUUUCUUUUUUAAAAAGCAGUGUUUUGUCUUAACCCUGAUGAUGGUGUUGGUCAGUGUUAAAGCUGUUGAGAAUGUUUGAGCAGCAGAGCUUUUACCACGACGUGAUCAAAUAUUGUGAACGUAUAUAUAUAUAUAUUUUUUUUGGUCCAGGUUCUUGCCCUUUUUAUUUAAAUGUCUGUCAUGAGUGUUUGACUGGUUCCCGUUCUGGAUGCGGAGGAGGCAUGAGUGUACUCAUCUCUGCAGUUCUCCUUUUUUUCUUUUCUUUUCUUUGUACAGUAGAUACCCCCGAGGCCACACGGUGUUUGACUGUAUAUGGAUGAAUCUCCUCCACAAAUAAACAAAAACACAAAUGCACCUGA